UUAGUUUGUAUAUAAUGAGAAAUCAGUCUUUCAAAUGCCAUGAUUCCGGACUGCACCAAGCUCCAACGCCCAACAUCGGAUUCUCUAAGGCACUAAGUGGAUUCCUGAUGAUGAUGACUCAAAAUGGGAAGCUUUUAUAUAUUUCUGAUAACGCCGCAGAGUAUCUGGGUCAUUCCAUGGUGAGUGUUUUGAAGGAAGAUCUUCUCAUUCAUGGUGACAGUGUGUAUGAUAUCAUAGAUAAGCAGGACCACCAGGCGAUACAAUGCGAGUUAGGCAGACCAAUCAAUUCUGGAAGCAAUGGGAGUACUUGCGAAGAAAUUAGGGUAUUUUUGUGCCGGAUGAACGUGUCCAGAAACGCCCGCCGUCAAAUGCGAUUCGGGGAUCAAAAGGUGGUGUUGGUACAGGGCCGGUACUUGUCCUUCUUGCCAUUAUGCAGUCGCAACGAGCCCGUAUUCUUGGCCACCUGCACCCCCGUGGCGAUGCCGGAGACUCGGGAAUGCGUGGUGCAAGGCGCCACCAACGUCUUCACGUCGAUCCACUCUAUGGACAUGCGUUUCAUCCACAUUGACAAUAAUGGCGAAUUCUACUUAGGCUUCCCCCUCAGCGACCUUCAAGGAGUAUCCUGGUACAGGCUGUUGCAUUGGGACUGUACUAGGGAAGCGCAAACCAAGCAUAGGCUCAUAACGCAAUCUGAACAAGAACGGUCUUGUAUCCUGUUAGCUCAAUUUCAACGACGGUCCGGUGAAUGGUUGUGGAUGCAUUGCGUCUUGCAAGUUAAAGAAAGUUCCGAAAGUAACCAACAGCCUGUCAUAGUGUGCACUAAUCAAGUACUAAGUGAUUCGGAAGCGUCCGUUAUGCGAAAUAACAGUUGGCUUUACCAUUACUAUUCGGUACAAAAUAAAUUACAGUACGGGCUAGCAUACGACGUAGCGCCCACAACUAGGUUAUUAUAUUAUCCUGAGCAUCCUCAACCGGAAUUCACAAGCAGUCACGAACCCACUGGAUACGCUCAUCUUUCUGCAAUGCCCGGUAGCCUACAACCUCACGUUACACAGCACAGCUCUUCUUCACAUCCACACCACAAUCAACACCAUCAUCAGCAUCGACGAGCAGAUCCGGAACCAGUGGAUUAUUCAUACAGCAAAAGAAAACCCAAAGAUCUUCAAAAUCUUGAGUUAGAUGUUGCCAAUAUAAAUACUACCGAAGUUGACAGUGGAAGUGGAAGUUUACUUGUGAUAACCCAUUCAACGGAACGUCCGAGGACUCUCUUAAAAAUUGACCCUAGUGACCUUAUCGAACACUGGAAUCCAAGUCCUCCAUGGUCCGACACCCUUCAAAAAGUCCCCGACCUAUGCCACCAAGAACUUAGCCCGUAUAUAGGAAGCGCCCCUCCCACGCCUACCACAACUCCUAGCACGCAUUCAGGAAACGCGUUCCCUUUCGACUGGAUGCCAGAGCAAUCUGUUCCGAGCAUGACGAUUGUAGCGACGUCGAUAGAGGAUUCGGACGGUCAAAAUUACUGGCCGAGUGAACAUCGCCUAUUCCCCUUACAACCUCCGCCUAAACGUAAUCAUCCACCUCCGAGAGGAUCCGAAGCAACGGAUCGUGAUACCCCUUAGCGCUGUGAUUAAAUACCUAACUUAAUUGUAUAAUCUAAGUGCAAUACUAUAGGGGCUCUUAUUUAUUUGAAAUCAAAGAUACUGGGUUAAUUUAAAAGUAGCUACCAAUGAUUCCUAUUAUGUGUUCAAGUCGUGGCCAAUUUAAAUAGUUUUAGCAAUAAUGGUUCCUGAUCAUGGUAAGUAUUCUAUUAUGUUUAAAUGCUUUAUUGUUAAUAUGGGCCAGAAUUUACAAUGUGUAAAAUAUUCCUAAUAGUGUACUAUCGCAUGAUGCUCUAUGCUAUUCCAAAUCCUUAUAGUGGAAUGCAACCAAGCAUACUUUUCUGAGUCAUUUCUUUCAAAUUCUAAUGAGAAACGCUUUACUAUGACACAUGAUUAUUUUUGGACAGAAGUAGAUAGCUGCACUGAGAGAUUGUACACUGACGAAAAAAUGUUGGAAUGCGCCUGGGCUUUUCUAGGCUGAGCUGUGCAAAGGUUUGGGUUAUAAAGCCUUAAAAUAAUUUUAAAUCCAAAGACUUCAAGCUGCUUCUAAAAAAAGACAUCUAUACAAAAUUUUGGAGUUUAUUUCCUUGGAUUUUUACCGUUUUAAGUUUUUAUAAUUUUAUAGCUGCUAAGGAAAUACCAGGAAAUCCACCGACGGGUGCGUUAGUGAGUCAUAGGAUAACAGGAACUCAUUUCAAAAUCACAAUUAGGAUGGGUUGUAAAUCAAAAUUUCAAAAACAACAGGGAAAUUUGGGGAGUAGCUUAACCAGGAUAAUUUCGUUACGUAUUUGUUUAAAGGAUUUCAUUUCCAGUUCUACGCAUAGCACUUCAAUUACUUUCAAAAGGGCUUACUUUUUUAAAAGAGCUUGGUUCUGAAAUUUUACCUGAUAAUUUACAAUUUUUUUUUCAAAGACUUUUGAAAUGAAAUUCUAUGGUUUUGUCAAAACACAUUAAUCUUCUAAAAAUGUAAUAUUUGUUAUCUGUAAAUUUAGGUAUCUCAACGUCAUAUUGGAAUAGGAAUUUCCAACCCCCCAGUUUAUUUGAAAAAGAAACUCCUACAUUGGGAGAUUAUGAAAAAAGUUUGCACUUGAGUAAAGCUAUGAAAAUUGGCACAUAUGCUCCGUUUACCCUUCCCCUUAUAUAGUUCCGACGGGACACCGCGCUUAUUUACCCCUAGAACCACCGUUACGUACAUACAACAUGUUGAUUACUAAUGACUAGACCAUUUUGUUGUUUUCUUUCUACGCUAAGCUCCGGUUAUGAAAACACGUGUAGAAUAUUUGGGGUCCAUCACUGGGGCACAGGUGAGUAGGGGUUGCCUAUCCAUUCAGCCGCUAACUAGCCGAUUUCUAUAUUUCUUUGAUUUUUUAGCUCCAAACUUGAAUAAUUAGCCACACUGUAAUUAAAUCAGAUAACAUUUUUGUGGCACUGACGGGGGUAGGUAUAAUCUGAGCCCUUUCAGUGCGGGUUGCCUACUCCUUUGAGUACUGCUAAGCAGCUACGUAAUUUACGGUUUAUAUGACGAGCUUCUCGCCAUGCGCAAAACGGGUAAAUAAUGCUUAACUGGUAAUUAGGGGGGAUUAACUCCAGGAGUUAUUAAUAAUAUAUAAUUUAUUCCCCAUAAAACAAAAUCAAAACUCUACAAAUAACACAAAUGAAAACAGGGAAAGGGACUGCAUUCAGUGCCGAGAGACCCUAUUAAGCCCUGACUCCACUUUUGCGCAUGGAGAGAGGGGAUGUGUGGCUAAUUAUUCUAGUUUGGAGCUAAAACACUGAAACAACCAAACAAAUAUAGAAAUCGGCUAGUUAGCGCCUGAAUUGAUAUCCCCAGUGGUCAACCCGAAAUAUUCUAAACGUGUUUUCACAACCAUGGAGCUUAGUAGAGUCGGCAAAAAUGGUCCAAUCAUUAGCAACCAACAUUUGGGCACGCAACUCCUCCUAACGGGUGUUCCAGCAGCAAACGAGCCUGGCGCCACGUCGAAACCAUAAUAUGUACCAGUUUUCCACUAGCUACUCAAAAGUGUGAAUCACACAAACAAAAUUGGGUUUUUUGGAUAUGCUUGAAGAACAAGGCAAGAUAAGUUAACAAGAAGAAAGACAAAGUAAGUAUAAAACAAAGCAGCAGCAAACUGAAGUGAGGGUAAAGACACAUAACUUCCGAUUACAAUUUGGAAAAAUGCCCUGCUUUUUUGCUACUGUCCAACCUCUUGAUAAACAUAUUACAAUUUUGUUUAUUAAUUUGUACCUAUGUUUUUCCGCAAAACUAACGUCUAAACCACCAUACACCAACAGAAAAUAAUCUCCAAUACUUUGGGUGCGAUACCUGUAUCAUCUGAAAUAAUCAUGCUCUUCCAGAAAAAUUAUGCACUAGUUUCCUUGGAAAGACGAGAAAAAAGGCAGGUCCCGACAAAAUAUCAAGUAGGUAAUAUUAAAAAUUCAUAUGAUUUAUGAUGAUCUGUGUCCAAGAUAAUGGAUGUCUAUCAUGGGGGUCUCCGACCCCAUAGAAGAUACGACGAUGGCGAAAUUAGAGAAAAGAUGCGCCAUUAAAGAAACCCAGAAAAUUCCGAUUACUUUUUUGUGCCGUACGUCAUUGUAAUCGUAAUAAAAGAUGCUACUCAAUACCGUGUGUACUUUUUUUUACGAGCCAUAUACAAAAAAUUAAAUUGAUGACGAGUCUCCGACACGAAACUUUGUAUUGAAAAUAUUUCAACGGUGUCUUGUAGAGCUCAAAAAGUGACAUUGAAAAAGAGUGUUUUUUUUAAAUUUUUUUGUAUCUGUUCAAAUAACGUUUGAAAAAAAUCGGCAUAUUUCGGUUUUUGUGGCCUAUCUUCGGAAGUAAUCGGAAUUUUCUAGUUUUCUUUAAAUAAUGAUAAUAACUGUUUAAUUGCGCAACGUUUUUCUCUAAUUUGACCAUCAUCAUAUUUUGUAUAGCUUCAUAGAUCCCUAUAAUAGACAUUCUUAUCUUGGACACAAUGUACAGAUAUGUGUGAUAUUUAACGAAUCCGAAUCCUUCAAGCAUUUUCCGCAAGAGAAAUGCACCUAUUGCCAAGUCUGCCUAUUUGGACUGCUACUAAAAUACGUAGGCACUAUAAUUCCCCACCACUUUUACUUUUUCGGAGGGUUUUUUCAAUUCAUAAAUAAAUAAAUAAAUAAAAUUUUCAUCAGUAGCAGUCGCAGACCAUAAGGGCAUUUUCUAUUUGGAAACUUCAAAAAAAGGAAAGAGUUGGCUAACAUUUCCCUCUGCUCGACCUAAACUUCUUUCUACCAAUCACCAAAAAAUUAGCUUUCGCUGCAUGGAUUUAUAGUGUCUACUGGAUUUUUUUGUAUUACAAGCCAGGAAAGUAUUUUUUCUUAAAUUUUUCAUCAGAGGUGUACUAGUGUAAAAAAGGGCAAAACAGUCAAUUCGUAGAUAACCUUCCUUGCUAACAAGUGUAAAGCACACAAAAUAAACAUACCUAGCAAAUUAAUGGUACAGUCAGGACAAUAAAUAUACACGAAUAUUCCAUGCCCAUUCUGCAUGCACCAAAUUUACUUGCAUGUGUCAUAGUAAAGUAUCAACCAUUGAUGUUAAGGUAACUCAAUCAACUUCAUUGCAGUACCUAUUUCAUAUUAAAAUAUGCAAUCCCUUGCUACUUUAUUAAGAAAGAUACCUACUAAACAUUUUGGCCAGUUAUCCAAUCCCUUACUAAGUCCACACUUAAACAUGUAAAAUUUGUCUCUAACAUUUGUGCAAUUCUUAAUUGUCAAUUUGUGGAAAGUUAGUACACAAUAUACUAAUACGUUAUUUACAAGAGUAAAUGUGAUGUAAUUUUACAAUGAAAUUACAAUCGGAAGUAUUACAAACUAAGAGGGCAGUUUAAAUAAUAGGAUUCCUUAAUUUAUUAAUAAAUACUUUAAGAGAUUUGCUAAUUAGCUAAUAGUAGUAUAUUUUUCCAAUGUUUGAUUGUACCUAUACCUUGAAAAAAACUGUUGUAUAUUAGAUUUAAAAAAGAAGAUGAAAUGAAAACCCCAAACUACAACAAUGAAAGAGAACAUUGUUAGUGAUUCUUUAAAAUUAGAUGUGUAGAUGUACAUACAUGGGUUUUAUUUGUUGAGUUAAUUUAUUGAAUG